GUUUUCGUUGGCCAUCGCUUUGUUCCCGGAAAAAGUCGAAACCGUGGUGAUGGUGAAGGUCCGCGACGCGCGUGAUCGGGAGAAGACGUCAACGGACGACAGACGAGACGACAACAUCACCGCUGCGGUCGCUUGUGCGGAGCCGGUGCUCUGGCCGGCAGUACGAACGAUGCCCGACGGCGGGGUGGACUUCAAGCACGUUCUCGUCUACGGCGACAAGUUCACGGAGGCAACGGGCCACGACCGCUGCUGCACCCGUGUCUCUGUCGACGCGGGCGACCUGGAGAUGACCGGUUGGGGGGGGCACUACACCCUGGUGCCUGAUCGUGAAGUGCAGGAGUGCUACAAGGCGGAGAGGGUCAAGGAAGAGGCGCUCUUCUGGCCGGCGAAGCGUGUGGUGGCUGGCAAGGAGGAGUACAAGCACGUUCGCGUCCGCGACGGAGAGCAAUUGCGCGGGAGGAACUGCAAGCGUGUGGGAGAGUUCAACUGGAUCUCUGCCGACUGCGACUGCCACGACUGCAAGCGAACCCCAUUCGUCGACUCCUCGCGGGUGCCGUUCAACCGGCGCGACGUGUCCGCAAUUGACGGGCAAGGAGACUUCUGCCUACUCCCUGAUAACGAGGUGUUGGCCCUUUACUUCCACGACGAAACGACGGCGAAGGAGAACGACGAUGGCGGCUGCCAGUGGAUGGAUGGUCAAAAAGGAGCCGCCAUCAAGAAGAAGGGGGAAGGGCGGGCUGUGCACGUGUUUGACAUCAUCGGCGUGGACAGAGGCGUUGCGGUGAUCGGGAAGGAGGCCUGGGGCAUGAUGCAGGAAGACAAGAGCGUCGGGUACGCUCCGGCGGUUGAAGUCAUCGCGCAAGGGCCCGCUACCGGGGACGGGGACGUGCCUGAGUGUUUCGUAGUCCGUCAACGCUACGAGCGAUCUGGGAUCUACUUCGGCAGGAAGGAGGGCGACGGGGAGGAUGGCCACGCCGUCAAGUUCGUACAGGAUGCGGUGGAGUUGUUGAAAGCGAUGCCAGCUGACUGCGGAGUGACCAAAACCAAGAACGACCCGCGCACCGGGGCGGUUAUCAUGACCGUGGGGCAAAACUCGGACGGGUACUGGACCAACGACAGAAUGUGCAAGCAGAUUCCGGGGUUGAUCGCCAUCCACGAGCUGACGAGUGAGCCCCACCGCCCAAUGGUGAUGGUCUUCGACAACUCCACGGGGCACGCCGCGUACGAGGAAGGCGCACUGGUGGCUAGCCACAUCCAAAAGAAGCCGGGCGGGGGGCAGGUCAUUCUUGACGAUUUCCUCGACGAUCAGGGGAACCUUGUUCACGCCACAUUUCGCGAGGGCGAUACGGUUCUUUUCGACACGCACGUCUACGCCGCAAAGACGCCCGAGCAGCUGGAGGAGGAAGAGAGGGAGGCGGCGAAAAAGGAUCCAAAAUACAAGAGGCCCAAGUUCGGCAGCAGCCUUGGAGACUUCAAAGCGGGCGAAAAAGUACGGACUACCGGCCGUACCUCAGGCCUGAUCGGCCAGGCGAAAGGCGGACAGCAGCUGCUCAUGGAGAUGGGCUUGUGGGACGUUCCUGGCCAGGCUCCCAUUCGGGUUCUCGAGUGCAAAGCGUGCAAAGAGGAAAGGAAGGCAAUAAAGGCAGCAAUAACCGCGUUCAACCGCGGCGGAGAGGCACGGCAGCAGGCGUUGGAUGAUGCUGCGCGCGAAGACCAGGACGGUGGAGGAGACGGUGCCUCGCCAGAGGAGGGGACAGAAGGCGGGGCGGCUGGCAACCGUGUCGGCAUGAGGCGUCGCUGCUGCAUUAGGAAAGUUUUUGCAGAGCUCAAGGCGUUCAAGAUGGAGCUCAACAAGAUCGAAAAGAUGUUCAAGAAAGCGGGGCACAUCUGCAUAUUCUUGGCGAAGUAUCACCCAGAGCUCAACGCCAUCGAGCGGUACUGGGGAUACGUCAAGCACCUCCUUCGCCUCUCCUGCGAGUACUCUCUCCCGCAUAUGCUUGAGAUUCUGCCAGGCGCCUUGAGUGGCGUCCCGCUGGGGUUUGUUCGCGGGUGGAGCAGGGUGACGUGGCUGUAUCUCGAGGCCUACGACGAGGGAUUGGUGGACUACCUCGAGGUCCGCGACCUCAAGAAGUGGUUGAGCCACCGUUCCCCCACGGAGAGGGGUGACUCCGUGGUUCUGGCGAGGGCAGGGGCAGGGAAGACGGAGGAGGAGAAGAAGAAAGCAGAGGAGAAGGCGCUAGCAGCCGCGCAGGAGCUGCGUACUGAGUCGAUUAAGAGGGCGAAAAAGAAUUUCAAAUCGUUCAAGCAGAAAAGGGCGCUGCUCUCGCUGUGCGAAAAGCGCGAGCUGCGCCCGCGGUCGCGGUCGCCUUUAACUUUGAAGGAAGCGUUUAGGUUGUUGGUGAGAUUCCUAGGAAAAUAAGCUGUCCGAAACGCGCAAGCGUGGACGGAGGUGUGUGUCGUGGUGUUUGUGUUUUUGUAUUUGUGGUGUUCACUUUAAUUAUAAUCAUUUUUGUGUGUUUGUGUCGUGGUGUUCGCUUUUGUAAAUCGUGUCCUGUGAGGCGAGGGUUACCCGUUCAGAGCGUGUUUGGGCUCUUACCGGACAUUUACAGUGUGAUUUGGGGGUUCCGUGAAGAGGUUAGGGGGCCCCGUGGGGGGUCGGAGGGGGGGGUAGGGGUUCCGUGGAUCAUUAUGACCAAAAAGUCGCAUUUUGUCCAAACACAAAAAACUUAUCGGAUAUCGACGCAGCUCGACGCCGCCGUCACGGCCAAAGCAGUUUCACCUUCCAAAUCGUUUUUGUUCGAAAGUUAUCGCUAAAAAACAAAAUGGACAAAUUGUCCUGGACUGACCAUAUGAGACACACAAGACAGCUACCAAACUGAUCUUUUGAGCCUGUCGCCCGAGAGUUGUCCCUAUAUGCUGUCUAGGAAAUCGUAGACAUACAGGUAGUUUUCUCUGACCCUAUGAUUCCAUUGUUAGUCUGUCUCUGACUCUUUUCUAUGAUAGAGAUGGCACAUCAGCCGCACAUACUCCGCACAUGUGCAUACCAAACUGAGAACAUGUUUGUAAACUGAUGGAGAUUGCAUGUGUUAGAACUAUUAGGGUGCGACACACAAAACGCCCGACUACCCAACAGUACCCAACACCUUUCGUCUGCACCUUCCCAACAUAACCUAUAUGAGACACACAAGACAGCUACCAAACUGAUUUGUUGAGCCUGUUACCCACAGGGGAGAUGUCCCUAUAUGCU